AAAAAAAAAAAAAAAAGCACAUCUAUUUUAUUCUUCCCCUCCAUUCAUCAUUAUCAUCAUUUUCACAUUUAUUUUCUUUUCUUUUUUUAAUGGAAUCUCUGUUACAAUGGGUAAUGCAAAAUCACGGCAAUCAUUAUCAAAAUGCCUUGAUGAUCGAUCCAAUCAAACAGAUUUAUACAAUAAAAGCGAUCUCAAUGAUCUAAAAAGUAAUUCAUCCACUUCAUUACCCAUUUUUUCAUCAUCAUCGCUCAGUGAUGAUAGUCGACGCCAUUCUGAACCUUCAAUGCUAUGCGAUAAGGCACCAAGGCCAUGGUCAAUGCCAUUUCCCUCAUCUGUUAGGACCUCCAAUGAUCAUCACAGGAUAUCAACGAUGGACGAAAAUGAAGAAUUUACUCAUAGAACAGAUAUGCAUUACCUAUUGAAGCAUUACUUUCAUGGGAAUUUCAACGUACCUCUUGAAGGUAUAUUCAAUGCAUCAUCAUCAUCAUCAUCGUCAUCAUCAUCUACUCUAUUGACACAACAACAAACAAUUCCACCUAUCCGAAUUCUUGAUAUUUUUUGUACGACUGGUGUUUGGGUAUUAGAAAUGGCGUCUGAUUACCCCAAAGUACAAUGCUAUGGGAUUGAUCCUGGAAAAGAUUAUCCUAACUCAAUCAAGCCAUCUAAUGCUCAUUUUUCGCAUUAUGAUAUUACUGAAAACAAUGGUCGUAUGGAAUUCGAAGAUUCUUUUUUUGAUUUUGUGCGAAUGGAGAUGAUUUAUCAGUGUUACUCUAAAGAACAAUGGAAGAUCCUUUGUAAGGAAAUGAAUCGUAUAUUAAAAAGAGGAGGAUAUUUUGAAUUGCGUGAUGUGAAUCCAAUUAUGAAACAUGCAGGUCCUAUAGCCCACGAGGGAUUCAAACGAUAUCCACAAAUUAUGAAAGAACUACUAGGUGUAGACGUUGAUUGGUAUGCACAUAUGUGUGAUUAUAUGGAACGGUAUGGAUCGAUGAUCGAUAUCCAUUAUAAAGAAAUCAGAAUACCCAUUGGAUGGUCUGGUCCACCCUCGUUACUUAUGAAAAAAGUGACUGAAUCGGCCUUGGAAACACAUAGAAGAAAAUGGAUAAAGGUAGCUGCAUUUGAUGCCAAGGGUCUAGAUGAUUACACUGAUAAUCUACAACUCGCUUUGAAAGAAGCAGUUGAUUAUCAUUCUUAUUAUAAUUUUUACCUUUGUUGGGGUCGUAAGUCCUUUAUUUCCCAAGAGACGUUUCUUCAUCCUACUACCAUUACUGAUGAUGAUCAUCGAAAAAAGAUUCCUUCUAUUUCUUCCGAAAAUGAUAUUUAUGCUUAUGGUUAUGAAGAAUAGGUCAUAAUUAAAAAAAAAAAAAGUUGUUAAAUUAAAUAUAAUGAUUGAUGAUUAAAUGUAUGAUGAUAUGUGAUGAUUAAAU